CACCCGACAACAAACUCUUUCUUCCGCAAUGAAAAUUGCUAACAUAAAGAGAGAAAUGGUCUAUGAUUUGCUUGAAGCCUGGGUUGGUGCCGAUAUCCUACUAGAAAAAUUUGAUAAGUUUCGUGGGUUUUUAGUUAAAUAUUGUCGUGAAGGUGGUAUUAUUCCAGGUUCAAGUGCAUUGAGAAAACAGUAUUUGACGAAAGUAUUUCAUAAGCAUGUAGAAAAACUUCGUGAUGAAUUU